AUGGAGGCCACAACACUCGCUGCCAGCGCCAUCGACAUCGUCCAGCCUAAAGCAGCCAUGAACCCCACUCGAAAGGACUCUGCCAACGAACUCAGUGUUGAGCCUUUCGAUCCACCGAAGGGGACUGUAGAAACGAUCGAAACCAUCUCGGUCGAAUCAAGCCCUGAGCCGUCGCCUGAACCUGCUGUAGUCCCGACUGCCGUCACCUCCGGUGAAGACAAGAUCCGUGUCCUUGACGUCUCUGAAUACAAGGGCGCUGCACUUGCUCUUGCCGAAGCCUUCAAAGAUGACGACGUGUCGCGCUACUUCCUUGAUACUCCUGAUAGGGCUGACUGGACGGAUGAGCAGAAGUGGGAUCUCCAUGUAGCCAUCUUCGAAUACCUCGUCUACGCCCACAUUCUCAAAGGGCUGGUGACGACUGUGGGCUCCGAUUACGGUGCUGUCGCUUUGUGGAUGCCUCCGGAUACCCAUAUGGAUGACCUCCUCACGGUCUUCCGGAGUGGCAUGUGGCGGCUCCGCUUCCGCCUCUCGCGUGAAGGUCGCAAGCGCUUCUUCACCGAGUUCAUGCCGCUGCUCCACGACACCAAAGCAAGCGUCAUGGGCGAACGCGAUGCCUCCUCCUGGUACCUGGUCUAUGUCGGCACCAGGCCUUCGGCUCGCGGAAAGGGCUACUGUCGCAAGCUGAUCGAGCACGUGACGGAUAUGGCCGAUGAGGAGGGUCGCGCUAUCUACCUUGAGAGCAGCCACGUCCGCAACGUUCCCAUCUACCGCCGCAUGGGCUUCAGGGAGUGCAGACGCAUCUACCUCCAGCGUGCCGAGAAGGGCAAUGUGGCGUUGGAAAUCAUGGUUAGAGAGCCGGGCGUGAAAGGGGAUCACUAA